CAACACUGGACGCAGUCGUUCUCUCCUUCUCCAGAGAACCCUAGAGAAGUGCUUUCCGCAGCAAUCGAUGGAUCCUCAGCCUGAACCCGUCACCUACAUCUGUGGAGAUUGUGGGCAAGAGAAUACUUUGAAGCAUGGAGACGUGAUUCAAUGCCGCGAGUGCGGUUACCGCAUCCUCUACAAGAAGCGAACCCGCAGAAUUGUUCAAUAUGAAGCUCGCUAGAGGUGGAAUUCAGAGAUGGGAAAAUGUUUUGCCUGUGUCAAUGAGAACCAAGAUGCAUGUCUGGUUUUGCUGCAAAGUUUGUUGUCUAUAUAACUAGUUUGGUAGUUUGGUAUUUUGAGAAAAACUUGAAUAGGACAAUACUGUCUGCUUGGAAAUGGUGUCCUGGUUAACAAUGUGCUUGUGUGACAGUCUUAGUUUUGUGAACGAUAGCUCUGUUUCCUUAAGCAAAACCUCUUUUCCCAAAAUUUCAUUUUAACUGGAUUUAUACUCUUCCUGAAAUAUUUUUCAGUGUUGUAAAAAGCGGGUUUAGGUGCACCUAGGCCCUAGGCAGUGCUAUUUUGCUUGCAUCAGCCUCUAAGUAAAAGUUCAAUGUGGCA